CCUUGUGAAACAAAGCCAUUCUGCUCAGGAGGCUCCCAGCCUCCCAAGAGAGGACCGUGGGUGAGGCGAGAUAUGCACACGGGAGCAGAGAGAGCACUGGUGCCAGCGGGGCACGUGGGGACACCAGACACAACCGGCUUGGCACUGCCUUCCAAACCACAGCUGCAGUUUUUGAGGAAGCAUCUGAACAAAGAUACUGAAGAGUUCCUGGCAGAAGGUUUGCGAAAUGAGAACCUCAGUACUGUUGCAAGGGAUCACAGAGACCAUAUUCUACGGGGCUUUCAGCAAAUCAAAACCAGAUACUGUUGGGAUUUUCAGCCCCAAGGGGGAGAUCUUGGACAGGACAGCUUUGACGAUAAUCACAGUGGAACUCUUGGCCUGUCCCUCACAUCUGAUGCACGCUUUUUGUCUGAUUAUCAAGAAGAGGGAACAGAAGACAUCCUAAGAGGAGCUCAAGAGCUUGAUAACAUCAUCAAACAGGGAUACUUGGAGAAGAAAAGCAAAGAUCAUAGUUUCUUUGGAUCAGAGUGGCAGAAGCGAUGGUGUGUUGUCAGCAGAAGCCUCUUCUACUACUAUGCUAAUGAGAAGAGCAAGCAGCCCAAAGGGACCUUCCUCAUUAAGGGAUACAGUGUACGGAUGGCCCCCCACCUGCGAAGAGAUUCCAAGAAAGAAUCCUGCUUUGAACUGACCUCCCAGGAUAGGCGCAGCUAUGAGUUUACAGCUACUAGCCCAGCUGAGGCCAGAGACUGGGUGGAUCAAAUAAGUUUCUUGUUAAAGGAUCUGAGCUCCUUAACCAUUCCAUGUGAAGAGGAGGAGGAAGAGGAGGAAGAAGAAGAAGAAGAACGAGAAGAAGAGAUGUAUGAUGAUAUUGAUGGUUUUGACUCUGCAAAUUCUGGUUCCCAGUGCAGACCCAUUAUCUUGCCUGGGAAUGUAGGGAUAAAAGAGCCUACAGAGGAGAAUGAAGAAGAAAUUUAUGAAGUGUUACCAGAUGAAGAGCAUGACCUAGAAGAGGAUGAGAGUGGCACUCGACGAAAAGGAGUAGACUCUGCCAAUUAUUACCAGGGCCUAUGGGAUUGCCAUGGUGACCAGCCAGAUGAACUGUCCUUCCAACGAGGUGACCUCAUCCGCAUUCUGAGCAAGGAGUAUAACAUGUAUGGCUGGUGGGUAGGAGAACUGAACAACCUCAUUGGGAUUGUUCCAAAGGAGUAUCUCACAAGCGCCUUUGAAGUGGAAGAAAAAUGAAGCCCAGGAAACAUAUUCUUCUCUCUACCUUGCCUUUAUGAAGAAACUGAUUAUCAAGAGCUCCCACUCCCGACUCUUGCCACCCCACCAACCACCGUGAUGGACUCUCCUUUACUGAAGAGACUGAAGUAGUGACUGUGAACCACCAAUAAGAUAGGUGGGAAGAGGCACAUUCAUCAAACCCGUUACUAAACCUGCCUAGUCAUGGCUCACCCCCAGCUCCAAACACGUCCAUAUAUCCACAUCUGCCUUUUCCACAGGCUCGUCACAAAGAGGAUGAGAGAGAAACCCUGGGAGGAAGUUGCUUGUUGUUCUAGCUGGUUUGAAAAGCACAAAUAAAUUCAGAUUUGGUGCCUUGCCAUGUGUGAUGGUGUUGAAUUCCUUUUUGUAAUGAUAUCAAAACGCCAGCUCUGGGCAUUCUCACCACCUCCAAGCAAAGUGGGAAGGCACAACCUGAGGAAAAAAAUAAAAACCCAGACAAAGAAGAAUUGCAAUUGUCUUUCAGGGCAGAGUCAUCUCUGGAACCCAAGUCUGCUGGUUUCUGGUCAGCUUAUCAGUCUUCCUUUCGUUGGCUAGUUGGU